AGUGUUUCAGUAUUAGCCUUAGAGAAUGGAUGUGGAAACUGAUCCAGCAUCUGAUUUCUUUCUACGACGAGAUCCAAGGGAUCGCAGUGCGAUACACGUGCUUAUAUUCGAUGCGACUGUUAACGACUUGCUUAAUAUCGGCGUGGAUCUUGAGGGGAUUUUGCAUAGUAUCGGUUUUAAAGCUACUGCUUCUGAUGUGCGUAUACCUCCACCCUAUCCUUCUGAUUCUCCUGAGAUCUUUGACACUGCAUAUCCGGAGACAACCUAUCUGAGCGGAUCCCCUGAGCAGCAGCUGAAUGGACUGGUGACGGAGAAUAACAACAAUCAGACACCCGUUCUGACGGUCAUGCAACCAUUACGGGAAUAUUGGAAUAAGAAUGCUGAAGCCUACUAUAACUCCAAGAUGAAAGCCAUAAACAGAUAUUCCUUGAAUGCUGAUGAGUCUGACUCACACCAACAGAACUGUCUUAGAGAAAGAUCAGCGGGAAUGCAAUCUACGGGCUCUCUUCGUCAGAAAACUGCUUCAAAAUCAAGAACUCGACGUCCUGCUGCGAAUAAAGGCGCAGUAGCAUACAGAAAUCCUUCGACAAUCCCUGAUAAAAUGAAGCAACUGGCAAGAAUUCCGAAAAAGUCGUUAGUAAGCAAGAAUUACUUUGCAUCUAAAAUACGUGAUAUGGAAUCCUGCCCUCGGAUUGUGAAAUGCGCUUUUCCUGGAUGCCACAAAAUUUUGCGCCAGCCGCACAAAACUCAUAUUUUGAGAGAACAUGCCCGACUUCACUGGGGGAAAUGUGUAUUUCAGUGCCAACACUGUGACGUAGCGCUUCUGACCAUUACUCAGUACCGCAGACAUUACCUAAAGUUCCACCCUAAAGUGGCAAGACGGAGGGAGACAUUACUGGAAUCUGCUGAACAGCGUGAAGAACUCAAAGCUGUCUGGAAACGCUGUUUUAGUGAGAUACCGUACGAUUGA